AUGAACAGCUUGGUGGUUACUCCACCUGUGCCACCUCACUUCUACGAGUAUUCUCGUCUCUCUCCCUCCCGACCAAUGUCUACCCCCAGUCACACUCCGACGAACCGCAAGCGGAAAGCAGAAGAUGACCACAAUGAUUUCGAUAGCCGGAUGUCAGCCUCUCCUACGAACUCUCCAGCUUUCACUCCGCGCUCUUUGCCAUCAUCCUCCCGACAACUAAAACGUGCUCGACCUAAUGUUGGCGGGAGGCCGCUCUCUCUUCCCCGUUUACUCGAGACCUUAGAUACCGAAGCUCUUCGCGGUGUCCUCCGGUCGAUAUGCAAUCGUCACCCAAGUCUGGCCGAUGAAGUUGUACAAACUGCUCCUCGCCCAAGUGUUUCAUCUGCACUCCAAGUUCUUCGAAAUUAUCAAUCUACACUACAAUCCUCAUUCCCUCUGGGCGGCAACCCCGAAUCCGACUACGCCUACAAUCGAGUCCGACAGCCUCUUGGGAAUCUUCUGGAAGCUCUGAGCGACUUCACCCCACAUUUUCUGCCACCCAAUGAAACCCAACCUUCGGUAUCCUUGAGUUAUCUGGACGACGCCACCGAGAUUAUACAUUCGUUGCCGCGUUGGAGCUCACCCCAGAACAACGUAGAGCGGGACUCUGCGUACGAUGAGAUUUGCAAAGCUUGGAUUCUGGUGAUACGAGAGGCCGCCAAACGAGGAGGUGGAAUUCAGUUGCAGUACGGAGGUUGGGAUCAGAAAUUAGCGAAGCAUAAUCACAACUCGGGCGGCAAACUGCAGGCAGCCGUCAAUGAUCUCGCGUCCAGUCUAGGAUGGAUGCAUGGCCCGGAAUCUCAAGGCUUCGGGAGUCCAGGGGGCAACGAUAUAGGGUCCAUUCGAGAGCAGCUUCUAUCGGGCACAUAUGGACUUGGAACUCCCGUCAAAGUAGGGCCCUGGUAA